AAUUUAAAGAAACUCUGGAUAAUUUAUCUAGUCAAUAUGCAGAAAGAGAAGAUAGGGUAGCCGCCGUAAUGGCAGAACAAAUGAAUUCUAAAUUAAGUGAGGUGGAAGCAGCAUACGGCACAACAAUCGGUGAGUUAAAAAGCAUGAUAGAAAAAUUAAAUGUCCAGAUGAGUUCAGAAAGAGCACAACAUCAAAAUGAUAUGAAGGAGAUGAGAAGUUUUUACGAUCAGCAGUUUAACCAAACCCGCCAAGCCUAUGAGAAUGCAGCCAGAAAUUCAGGAGGAGGACGGAGGGAUCCGGUCAUCCGUUUUCAUGUUAAAUUUAACGGAUAUCCGACGGAUAACCGGAUAG